UAAGGUGCUGAAGGAGAUCCCUGGGGACCUGUGUCCCAACGAGAUGGUCCAGGCAUCCCAGGAGGCUCAGCUCCUGUCCCAGCUCCACCACCCAGCCAUCAUCACUUUCUACAGCAGCUUUCUGCAUAGAGACUCCUUCUGCAUCAUCACUGAGUACUGUGAGGACAGUGACUUGGACUGUCAGCUGGAGGAAGUGAGAGAAGCAGGGCAAUGCUUGCCUGAGACCCAGGUCACUGAUUGGCUGAUCCAGUUGCUGCUUGGACUCCACUACAUGCAUAACAGGCGGGUCCUCCACAGAGAUCUGAAGGCCAAAAACAUCUUCCUGAAAAGGAACAUAGUUAAAAUUGAUUUUGGGGUGUCCGGUCUGCUGAUGGGGUCAUGUGACCUGGCCACCACCUUCACAGGCACGCCUUACUACAUGAGCCCUGAAGUACUGAACCACCAGGGUUACGACUCCAAGUCUGAUAGAUGGUGGGCUGUGGAGGAAGGUGGAGGUGUGACAGAUGGACUGUCACACGCCUUUGAAGGACACAACUUAUUGUCAGUUGUGAUGAAGAUAGUGGAGGGGGAAACCCCCAGACUGACAGCCAGCUACUCUCUGGAGCUCAACGCACUCAUGCAAAGGAUGCUGGAGAAAACCCCGUUGUCCAGGCUCUCUGCUGCAGAAGCGCUGAAGACAAAAUUCAUUGAGGACAGUAUGCAGAUCUUAAAACACAAGUUCUGCAGUCUGACACUGAGAGACAAGUCAUCGGCAGUAGAAAGAGACGCAGCACAGAUAUUGAAAGCGAUGCAGAGGAAGGUGCACCUGCAGACACUGAGGGAGAAGUCAGAGCUAGACAGAAUGACCCCCAGGGAGAGAAUGAGGCUGAGGAAGCUGCAGGCUGCCGACGACAAGGCCAAGAGGCUUAGGAGACUUGCUGAGGAGAAAUACCAGGAAAACCACAUCCGAAUGCAGUAGCUGAGGAGCCGCCAUUUUGAGAAAGUCAGUUUGGACGUAUUGAAUGAGAGUGCAGGAGAUGCUGUCCACCAGACUGCACCAAUCACAGCCGAGGACUACCGGUCGCUGGGGUGCUCACAACCAAUGGGAAGGCAGCAGCAGGACAGGAUGCGCAUGUCUGAGCCAAUGGGGCGUGGACAGCGACCUGGAGGCCAUGAUGAGACACAUGGAGCAGGUUCUGGAAGGAGAGCUCAGCGGUCAGUGUCCCGUCGGCUGGGUCUGACCGUCUUCCAGAGGGUGUAUGACUACCUGAAGGGAGCCAGGGAGAGGCAGGAGGGUGAGGGGAGCAUCAGACAGGCCCUCAGCAGCCUGGUGGAGAGGCCCAGCGAUGGCUUUGAAGUGGACCAACUACUGUACUACGAGGAGCAGCUCCAGGGAGCCAGAGAGGGAGCUGGGUGAAAGAUAUGUCUGACACUCACCAACCUGCGAUCAUGUUGCCUAUCCAAGCCUUUCAGAAAGAGCACAUCUUGUUGGUCUCCUGGACCAGGGUUGGUGACCUAGUAGGUCAACAGAGAUGACAGACAUUUACUUCAUGAUAGACCAGGGUUGGUGACCUAGUAGGUCAACAGAGAUGACAGACAUUUACUUCAUAAUAGACCAGGGUUGGUGACCUAGUAGGUCAACAGAGAUGACAGACAUUUACUUCAUGAUAGACCAGGGUCGGUGACCUAGUAGGUCAACAGAGAUGACAGACAUUUACUUCGUGAUAAACCAAGGUUGGUGACCUAGUAGGUCAACAGAGAUGAUAGACAUUUACUUCAUGAUAGACCAGGGUUGGUGACCUAGUAGGUCAACAGAGAUGACAGACAUUUACUUCAUGAUAGACCAGGGUUGGUGACCUAGUAGAUCAACAGAGAUGACAGACAUUUACUUCAUAAUAGACCAGGGUCGGUGACCUAGUAGGUCAACAGAGAUGAUAGACAUUUACUUCAUGAUAGACCAGGGUUGGUGACCUAGUAGGUCAACAGAGAUGACAGACAUUUACUUCAUGAUAGACCAGGGUUGGUGACCUAGUAGAUCAACAGAGAUGACAGACAUUUACUUCAUAAUAGACCAGGGUCGGUGACCUAGUAGGUCAACAGAGAUGACAGACAUUUACUUCAUAAUAGACCAGGGUUGGUGACCUAGUAGGUCAACAGAGAUGACAGACAUUUACUUCAUAAUAGACCAGGGUUGGUGACCUAGUAGCUUAACAGAGAUGACAGACAUUUACUUCAUGAUAGACCAGGGUUGGUGACCUAGUAGAUCAACAGAGAUGACAGACAUUUACUUCAUAAUAGACCAGGGUCGGUGACCUAGUAGGUCAACAGAGAUGACAGACAUUUACUUCAUGAUAGACCAGGGUUGGUGACCUAGUAGGUCAACAGAGAUGACAGACAUUUACUUCAUGAUAGACCAGGGUUGGUGACCUAGUAGGUCAACAGAGAUGACAGACAUUUACUUCAUGAUAGACCAGGGUUGGUGACCUAGUAGGUCAACAGAGAUGACAGACAUUUACUUCAUAAUAGACCAGGGUCGGUGACCUAGUAGGUCAACAGAGAUGACAGACAUUUACUUCAUAAUAGUUCUUCUUCUUUUUGUUCUUCCUGUCAUUUCCAUCUAGAAGAACAAGCAAUUAUCUUUCCUUUAACUGAAGAGUGGAUUAUGGGAAGCUGGGUAACUAAUUACAUUGUUAGCUCUCCCAGCACUUUAAAUUAAAUCAAUAUUGAAUAUUAGUGUAUAGAUUUUUGUGUGUGUGUGUACAUUCCAAAUGUGUGUG